AUGUUCCUAGUCAGCCAUGGCGUCUGCAGUGGUGACAACAGCCAAAGAAACUCUAUUUUACAGGAUCGGGGCAAGAUGAGCGCCUACACACAACGUAUACCAUCCAUAACGCCAUCUUUAGGGAUAAUGUACGUGCGCCUUCACAACGUGGGACUUGAGAAAAGACGCCAGAGCAGGGCCGAGUGGACAGUGUUGGUUCUGGAGACGGUGCCGGUUGGACGAAGUCCCGACGGAUUGGUCGCCAACACAAAGGGUCUCACUUCACCUAUGAUCAUGCUGCACCGUUUAUUAAUCCACAAAGUGAGGAGCGGUUUCCCGGGGCAUCUUCCAGAACAAGUUAGGCCUUUAUAUUUUCUGAUACCUCAAGAAUGUUGUACCGAGAGAUGA